AUGCGUAUCCUCGAGUUUUGCACCAUCGUGUGCAUGUUCUUCUUCAACACAUCCGCUAUCGUCCUCAACACCGAUGAAUCACAAUCUAUCCUUGACGCGGCCUCGGCUGCUGCGGCUGGUCUUCAAGCGCUCUACAAUGGCAACAGUCCCGAUGGAGUCGUUGGCAAAUGGCCCUAUCCGCCGUACUACUGGUGGGAGAGUGGCGCUGCCUGGGGUGGCAUGGUCGAAUACUGGCACUACACAGGCGACGCGACUUAUCUGAACGUCACGUGGGAGGCUCUUGUGUCACAACUUGGACCACAGGCCGACUUCGUCGUCCCUCAAGAGGCUUUCAACGAAGGCAACGACGAUCAGGCUUUCUGGGUGUUCGCCGCUCUUUCAGCUGCCGAGUACGGAUUCCCUGAACCACCUUCGCCCUUUCCACCAUGGAUCGAGACCGUUAAGAAUGCUUGGCAAUUGUACGUCGAUCGAUGGAACACCACAAACUGCAACGGAGGCUUGAAGUGGCAGUUCCAUCCCGAGAAUGCUGGCUACUACUACAAACAAUCGAUUGCCAACGGAGGCUUCUUUCAGAUUUCUGCUCGCCUUGCGCGCUACACCGGCAAUCAGACCUACGCUGAUUGGGCCAACAAGAUUUGGGACUGGGUCAGUGGCGUAGGUCUGAUCGACGACAUCUACAACGUCUACGAUGGAACAGAUGAACUAAUCAACUGCACCGGCGUUGACCAUCAUCAAUGGUCCUACAACGUCGGAGUCUUCCUCUACGGGUCCAGUGUCAUGCAGAACUAUACCAACGCUAGCGACGUUGACAACAUCUGGUUCAUCCGCACCAACGGACUGCUGGAGGCCACCACGACCUUCUUCUCACCUUUCAAGAACGCCACCAACAUCAUGUUCGAAGCAGCUUGUGAAAUCAAUCACAACUGCAACGUCGAUCAGCUCUCCAAGAAGGCUUACAUGGCUCGCUGGCUCGCAGGGACUUCCAUGAUGGCUACAAACACCGCGGGCCGUAUUGGCGCUUUACUUCGAGCAUCUGCCGCCGGCGCUGCUCUGGCUUGCACUGGUGGUCCUGACAACCGAACCUGUGGCUUCCAUUGGUAUACUGGUGUCUUUGACGGUAGUACCGGUCUCGGUCAACAGCUUUCUGCCAUGGAAGUCAUGCGGGCCUUGCUGGUCAACGAGACUGCGCCGCCGAUGACAUUGCCAAACGUUGUCAUCAGAGGCGCGCCAGGCAACCUGACAGCUCCACCUCCUGCUAAUCCUUCUGAGACUGAGGCUGCUCGACCUCUCCACGAUGGCGCCCCUCCACCUACUGGUAUGGUCCCUGGCCUGGCUCUGUUGAUUCCACUUACGAUUUUUCUUAGUCUAGUCUGGACCUGUGGUCUGUGA